GUCACUUUGAUAACAUGAUGAUAGAAUGCGGAACGUUGUUUGAUUUAUCCAAAGAAGAAGUAGACGAGUGGACUAGCGGCUGGCCAGAGUAUAUUCUGUUUGUGGUUAACUUCAUUUUCACUGUGGUUGGGAUCUUCGCUAACAGCUUCGGACUCCUCUUCUUCAUCAAGAAACAGAGAAAAGAUAUCACGACUAUUCUCUUUAUUGCACUCUGUGUCGUGGAUCUGGCAACUGUGCUCACUCUUGGACCCCUCCAAAUGCUGAUAAACGUUCAGGCUGUCAACUUCUUCAACUUCUCAACCCAAUACUUUACUGUUUUCAGUGUUAUUUCUGCCCUUUCAAAUCUUGAGAUACGUUUUUCAAUGUUCCUGUUCAUGGUGAUGAGUUGGUGUCGAUGUCUCUCCGUCGUCUCACCCUUCAGAAGAAACAACAAAAAGUUGGUCUUCUCAGCUCUACUCUGCUACCUCGUCCCUCUGUUCGUGCUCUGCUUCUACCCUGUUUUCGUCUGCAGUGACAUGUCCUACACCAUCGUGCCCUUCACUCGCAUAGGGCAAUCUGAAUUCAUAAGCACACUGGAGUCAUCUGAAAUUGAAACUCGACACUGGGCUUACCUGAUCGUGAUGGAGAUUGUCACCAUGUACAUUCCUGUAAUUCCAAUCACCAUCACAUCCUACAUCACCGCUCAUAACCUCAUCUUCUCCCCCGCUAUGAAAUCUACCAAUGCUAAAUCAAGUAGAGAUGGUGCUAUCACAAUCCUUAUACUCACCGUCUCCACUCUCAUUUGUUUCACUCCCAGGCUUGCAAUCUCUCUCUCCGCCCUCAAAGGAGUAGCUGACUACACGAUUGCUGAUCGCAUCAUUGAGAGCCCAAUUGGUAUGCGAUGGGCAUGCUUUGUUCUAUAUCUUCUCACAUCAGGACUAAGCAUUGCCAACUCUGGGAUCAACCCUUGCAUCUUCCUGGCAAGAGGCCAAAAUAUGAAAUUCUACUUCAAGAAGUCCAUGCAUGGGGCCUACAGGAAAUCUUCAGCAGCUCUUACUCGGGGUCACACCAGCCUGUCAGUGAUGAGUAGCGUCCUGGCUAACAAGAGUGUCGCCAGAGAGGAAACUACUUUCUCCAAUACUUUUAACAAGCAAGACACCGUUCUUGCUCUUUCUCCCAUAAGAAACACAACAUCCCCUGAUAUAAACGGUACUCCAAGGGUUCCGCCCAAAAUAAAUGACUCGAGUCUUUGAUCAAGAAAGAUUUGAAACUUUAACUUCAAGCAAAAUGGAAGAAUGGUAUUAUAGUCCACUAAGAUUUCAUUUUCUCAACUGACACAGGAAAAUCGUCGAUAAUGUGCAUGGCUUUUUUAUCGCGAAUUUUCGUUGCCCUAAACAAUUCAAACAGAAACUUUACUCAGACUGGCGCCGGUUAUGAACUAAAGCUGACUGCUAUCUUAUGUUUUAUUUCUUUCAGUUUUUAGUAGUCGAGAGUGUACGUUUUACAACUACACAGUAGAUAACAUAUCCUUUCGCUCACUUUGAUUGACUUGUUAGCAGUAUUAGUAUUACUUAGGAUAGAAAUUUGAAUCAGUAAUCUUGAUAACACUCAUCCCGAUUUUAGAUUUAUCCUACCGUUAGCAAAGUAUUGACGAUUUGAUGUGACUUUCAUUAUGAUAAACAAUUUAGAUUCGAUUUAGAUUUUAACUUUCUAGCUGACAGUAGUAGUUGACUGUAGUUGUAUAAUGUAUAUUUGUAGCAUUCAUGAUUUUCUAUU